AUGCAUAUUUUAAGCAGUCCUGAACCUGAUGCUGAAGAUCUUGACACUGGGGACGAUCCACCUGAAUUUGAUUUUACAGAAACAUCAUUGCAAUUGACUCCAGUUCUACGUCAAAUUUGCCCAGCUACGCCGAUUAGAGAACCAAACUACGAGAACAUACCUUCCUUAUCUUCUAUACCAUCUCUUCCGUCUGAAGCCCCUUUAUCAACUCCUGAAAGUGCUACCAGGAAAACUCGAGCCCAAAGGCACAUUACUCCAGUACUGGCUAAAAGACGAAAGAAAGUUCCGAAAUUCGUACUAACCUAUAAAUGGAAAAAAAGCGUCACCUUCCGUCACCAAGCUACAAUUUAA